AUGGCAAUAGAAGUGGGUAAAGAAGUUAGAGCAUCAAAAGAUUUUGAUAAAGUUAUCUUUAGUGUUGUCUUAAAGGAUCUGAACUUGAACAAGAUUCGAGAAAACAUUGCAAAUCAAUUAGGCUUUCAAAUAGAUGAAAAAAUGGGUGAAUCUAAACAAGCACAAAGUUUGUGGAAGAGGAUAUUUAAAGGUGGAGAAAAUAUACUUAUAAUAUUGGAUGACAUGUGGGAAGCGCUUACACUUCGAGACAUAGGGAUUCCUCCUAGCAAUCAUGACAAGGGUUGCUGUGUUGUUUUAGUAACCACACGUCAAUGGAAAAUUUGUAGAGACAUGGGAUGCCAUGAGAUUAUCAAACUUGAGGUCUUGAAUGAAAAGGAUGCGUCUAAUCUUUUCCUAUCUUAUACUGGCAUUAGCAUGGAUAGUUCUUCCAAUGAUUUUGAGCAUGUGGCUUUAGAUAUUGUGGAGGAGUGUGGAAGAUUACCAGUCGCAAUUAUAGCAGUGGCAAGAGCAUUGAAAUUUAGGCCUAUAGGAGAUUGA